AUGGGCUACAAGGCAGAGGAACACUGGAAAUACCAUGGCAACAAAGACAGUGUCUGAGCAGGCUGUGAAAAAUGUGGCCACUCUGGUCAUCUGACCUUUGAAUACUGUAAUUUUCUCUGAAUGGACCUCAAAAGGGACGCAGUUUUGGGUGUCAGUACUACAAGAAGUGAAGGUAGUGACGAAGAGAAUGAAAAACAAAAUAAAUUGUAGGCAUUACAGGAAAAAAGAAUAAAUGAAGAAGAGGAAAGAAAAAUUAAAAAGAAAAUUAAAUUGAAAAAGCAAAGGAAAAAAUCUUAUUCCAGUUCCAAUGAAGUGGACUCUUCUAAACAAAAGAAACAAAAUAUCAGAUGAAAGAAAGGAAAAAAUGACAAAUCAAAAAAAGGAAAACAGGGGAAAAAGACAAAAAAAAAAAGGAAAACAUCACAAAAAGGAAAAAAAGAAAAGCAUUCUUCUACUUCCAAUCAUUCUGAAUUCACAAAAAAGUAA